GCGAAAGGAAGUUAACUUGGGCAUUUUUCCGUUGCUACAGUUCAACGUUUAACACUUCCGUUUUCUUUCCUCUCUUUAUCGCUCAUCCACAUAAAACAGGCCGGAUGUCUUUCCCGAUUCGUUAGUCAUUUCGCUCCCCAGAAACUCGCAGAUGGCAGAGCUAGGGUUGACAUGAGUCUUCUUCCGCCAAGCCUCUCAGCUUCAAUGGAGUAUCAAGCAGCUCCAAUAGAUGGCCUCACCGGGAACUUCAGUCUCUUUUCAAGAACGCUUUGUGUCGUUUCGGCUAAUUUGGGAAAAUCUUUGCGUCCACGAGAUUCAAGUUUCUCCUGUGCCCAGCGUCCACAAGAUUCAACCUUCUCCGAGCGAAGUCAUCGUACAAAUGCUGAAUCAGAGCAAACUCAUCCAUUCUUCUUGCCUUCAUGGAUUGGCUGGACUUUAAGGUUGAAUAAACCUUUCAUCUUCAAGAGAUCGUCAUUAUGGAUAUCACAAUUGGGGCAGUGGUGGAGGAGGAGGAGGGGGACAUGGCACUUCUCACCAUGUUUUUUUUGAGUUGAUUGGAGAAGCCCACUUGAGACUGAGAACAAAUAAAGUUGAUGAUUUCACAUCCGGGCUCCUAGAUAUCCAUUCCAAAAUGUUAGAGAUGGGUAAAACUAAUCAACAUAUUCUUAGAUUGCCCUCAUUGGUGCAAGAGAAGAAGAUGAGAAAUGAGUCUCAGCUACAGGUGUUCAAGAUUGGCGGGGCUCGGGGCUCGGUAGUCUACUGUUCUCCUCCAGCGUCCAUUCUGAGGUUUUGUUGGUCGACCUGUCUGCAUAUUUUUCAAAAGAUUAUUCUGUUUAGUUUGUUUUUUUAAUAAUUCAUCACUUGAUCUCUUAAUUGUUUUUCUUUUUUUCCUUUCUGUUUCAUAGCUGCUAUAUAUUAUGACAAACCUCUUUGGUUAAUUUUGACUUCAUAGCCGCGAGGAAAGUAAACAUAUUAGAGCCUGAGCUGAGGGUAGCCUGUUAAUUAAGCUUGGCGCAGGUUCAAUAGGAUGGUUACAAUCCAUAUUUGGAACUCACAUUAAGUACUAAGAAGAGGAUAUGGAUAUGUCAUCAACCAUAUAAACACUAAGUGGGGAAAUAAAAAUGGCAUGCUUGGGGUUCUUGUAUGGCAACCAUCUCUGCCUGGAAGCUUAGAGGCGUAGAAGCUUAGGGUCCAGGUCUAAUCUCGGUCUAAUCUCAACUGCUCUCAUCUGGCUGGUACGAAAAAAGAAAACAAGCUAUAAAAGUGGAACAAAUGGAGUUGUGUCCAUGACUUUUUCAAAUGCAUUGGCUUCUAAAUAAUGUAAAACAGACCUUUUUCUCGAUAUUUUGUUCAUUUAUUUAGUUUCAGCAAUUUUUUUUAAACAUUUCAGUAUUCAGAGAAAUGGUUCGAAGCUAACAGUGUAAAUUUUACUAAAUGCAUUGAUCCUAAGUCAUAGAGUUGAGCUCUUGAACUACUUCAAAUUCACUCUUCAUCCGAAGAAGGAUGUGUUUGUAUUCCUAUAUCAUUUGAACUAUUAGUGAUAUUAUUAUAAUUCCUGACAACUCCGGUACCUUUCUAAAAUAUGGGGUUCCGUGCCUAUUAUUCAUUUGAUUGGACCACAUAACUUUAUCAUUUUUAAUUUAGAUUUAAAUAACUCAACUGCUACAUUCUCAUUGGUCCAUGUGGACAAAGGUAUGGUAUCUUAUGGGUACCAUAGAAUCUACCUUAUUAUUUAUCUCUCUGCAGAGCUAGAUGGAAAGACAAACGAGUAUAUUUUGAUGAAUGCCAACGCAUAUUAAACCAGGUGGGAUUUGGGGUUUGGUUGUAAUUUUUUAACGAUAAUGUAUCAUGUAUGUGAUUUUUAUUAAAUAUUAAUAUUGCACUGCCAGAUCGUUGACCUACUGAAGAAAUAUAUCUAGAACUAGAAAGGAGAUCUGUUAGUCCCAAUCAGGUUGUUAUAGCUUAAAUUCAUGAAGGCAAUUACCUAGGUAUUUACAAACUCAUAGGCGUUGCUGGGGAGACUGAUAUGCAUGCGAGUUGAUAGAGAUCACCCUUCAUGUUGCUCAUCUAUGAUUUCCAAUUUGGUUAAUUUGAUAUUACAUUUCAUUGUUUCUGAGUUGGUUUACAAUGAAUACAGGGUGAAGAACAAAAUAAUUGGAUGUGCUCUUCAAUCAAGUUUUUAUCAAAGCCUUGGUUAGCAUUGUUAAGUUUCUGAACAACUUCUUAUCACCAUUUUUUCAUUUUCCCGGUUAGAACACAUUUCAAAAGUUUGGAAAUAUUUCUUUUUUAGUUCAUUCUUUUCAUUCUGAGCAAAAUAAAGAAGCAACCAUUGUGAAGCCACCAUUGUAGAAAAGGCAUUUCCUGAUUCUAAGAACUAUUUUGGUCACCUUGUGAAAGUUUAGCAUAUGAAAUAUGGUGUAUCUGAUGGAAAGUGCAGUAUUGGCAUGUGUUGCAUUUGACUCAUUGGAUGGAUCAUCUAGCAUAGAUCGUGCCAACUGGAACUGUAUGAUUCCUUACUCAAAUGUUACUAAAUCAGUUCUUCUAACUUAUAAAUGCUACAGGUUCAAUUGUUCUCCCUUUUUUUAAUAUCUGGAUCUUUUGGUCAUUGCAUAGCACCUGCACAAUAGUGUCAUUUUCCCCUGAUUAUUUUGGUUGUCAUCUAUGCCCUAUUUUCUUUGGUUGUAUUUCUUUUGUUGGGCAUGAAGCCUCGCGCAAAGCGCGUGCCAAUGCUAGUAUUAAAAUAUAAGCGAUCGAAUUAAAACUAGUCACGGGUUAGAGCACAAAUUCACAAGCUCUGAUGUAUAUGAUACAUGAUACAUCUAUCUAUGCAACAGAUGUCCACUAAGUAAGACUUCUGUAUUUUUUCAAGGCUUCACGCAUGUUCUAUUAGCCACGUAGCUCUUACACUAAACACUAUUGAGUUGUUUCUUCGGUAGCUUUUGUUUUUAUCAGUUUAAACAAAACACAAUAAAGUGAUAACAGUGCAUACGGUACGUACACCAUACAAAUUUCAGAAUUUUAAUCUUUACAUAUGGAGUAUAUAUCAUUUCCAUUCGAAUAUGAUAUAUCAGUUUUUUUUCGUUAAUGCAUAUGUAAAUUACUAUGCUUAUAUAGCUAUAUUGCCUAUAUACAUACAUAUAAUAUAUGUAUACUACGUAUAAAAGUGAACUUCAUUAAUGGUGCACAUUUAAAUUAAUAAUAUUGAACCAAAUAAACACGAGUACAUGAAAUCAAUAAAAUAGAUAAUGGUGCUACGCCUUACAUAUUUAUCUAUAUUAGACAAUAGUAUAAAAGUUUUAUAGUUUAUAAAAUGUUUAGUAAUAAAUCUCUAUUAAUGAUUAUUGUAGUAAAUCAUGGCAAACAUUUCCAAACGAGAAUUCGACGUCCUUGAUCUGUCCGGUCAAAAAUAUUUGGAAUGUAAAGUCGAUGCUCUGACACAUCUUAAGGCUAAUGGUUUAGAAGAUACAAUUGAAGCCAAUAAUCUAUCAUCUUCCCAAGAUAAAGCGAAAGCUAUCAUUUUCCUCCGUCACCACCUCCAUGAAAGUCUCAAAUCUGAAUAUCUUUUGGUUGAUGAUCCAAAAUAAUUAUGGGACAAUUUACAAGAGAGGUAUGACCACCAACAAAAGGUACUUUUGCCAAAAGCUCAAUAUGACUGGAUCAAUUUAAGAUUCCAGGAUUUUAAAUCAAUCAGUGACUAUAAUUCUGCCAUGUUCCAAAUAACAUCUAAACCAAAGUUAUGCGGACAAAAAGUCAUUGAUGCUGAUAUGUUGGAGAAAACCUUUUCUACAAUGCAUAUUUCUAAUAUGCUGCUACAGCAGCAAUAUAGAGAAAAUGGUUUUAAAAAAAUACUCCGACAUAAAAUCAGUAUUAUUGGUAGCUGAGCAAAAUAAUGACCUUUUGAUGAAAAAUCACAAUUUGAGACCCACUGGUUCUAGUCCUUCUGUUUAUGGUCCAUCUGGCCAUAAUUUAGCCACUGAAUCAAAUGCAACAUACACUGGCAGUAGAAGGCAUUUUAAACGUGAGCAUUUUAAUGGUCAUAAAAACAAGUCACACCGAGAAUACAAACAGGUCGAAAGACCAAAUUACAAGGGCAAGGGCAAACAAAAAGCCCAUCAAAUAAAUCGCCCUCCAAAAUCCUCGGGAAAGUCGACUUGUUAUAAAUGUGGCAUGACGGGGCACUGGGCUAAUAAAUGUCGCACGGCUAAACAUCUGGUGCAGUUAUUUCAAGCUUCCAUGAAUCUGAACAAAGGCAAAAAUGUGGAAGCUAAUUUUGUUAAUGACACAACUCCACCUAUGCCAAAAUUUGAUGUGUCCGACUUCUUCAUGGAUGAUAGCAUAAUGGACGAUGCAUUUGCCACUGAUCAAAAUAACACAAAAUAAAUUAUAAGACUUUUACAUAUUGUAAAAUAGUAGUUUAUGUCAUCGUGUACUUUUUCUUUAGGUUACCUUUAUGUUGUUUUCAUAAAUAAGUGUAAUAUAUGUACUUUUAUGCUAAAUAAUUUGCAUAAUUUGUGAUCAAGCUUAUGUUUAUUUACAUAUAUUGAAGAUAUGGAUCAAGAAUUAUGUCUGAUAGACAGUGCUACAACGCACA